CCGGCGCACCGCCCGCCUGGAACUACAUUUCCCGACAGGACGCGGGCGCUCGCACGCGCACCGCGGCUUCCGCCAUGGCGACGGUGCUGUCCAGGGCUCUCAAGCUCCCGGGGAAGAAGAGCCCAGACCUAGGCGAGUACGAUCCCCUCACGCAGGCCGACAGUGACGAGAGUGAAGAUGAUCUCGUGCUUGACCUGCAGCAGAAGAACGGAGGGGUCAAAAAUGGGAAGAGUCCUCUGGGAGAAGUGCCAGAGCCCGACUCAGAUGCUGACAUUGCAGGGGCUGCAAAGUCUCAUCUUUCGGAGGUCACCACUGAGGGGUACCCCUCGGAACCCCUUGGAGGCCUGGAGCAGAAGGCAACCUCCUCCAUCGUGUCCUACGUGCGCACGUCUGUGUUCCUCCUGACUUUGGUGAUCUCAAUGGUCCUGGUGCUGGUGUGCGCGUUCCUGAUCCCCUGCCCCCCGAGGGAUCUGCACAGCACUUGGGGCCGCCACCUGGGCCCCCAGGGAGGUGGGGACCUGUCUCCUUUGGAGCUGGCGGAUGUGAAUGGCGAUGGCCUGCGUGACGUGCUUCUCUCCUUUGUAACUUCGAGGAAUGGGAGUGCAGUCGGUGUCUCAGGGCCAACUGCUCUGCUUGUGUGCCUUUCGGGGAUGAAUGGCAGCACACUCUGGUCUAGUCCGCUCCCUGAGGAGGCUCGAGACAUUACAUGCUUGGAUCUGAUGCCAGGAAGCAUGGCCGGGACCAUCUGCCUUGUGACAGGGACACGCAAGAUGUUCAGCGCAUUCAAUGCGACAUCAGGGAAAACUCUUUGGACCUUAAACGCAAACUACUUACCCAACAGCACCCUGGGGGCCCCAGGGGUGGUGCUGCCAGAUGUGGAUGAAGAUGGCGUUAGAGACCUUGCGGUUCUGGCUGUUGGGGAAUCACAGCAAGACUUGUGCUUCCUGCUGGUGUCUGGCCGGACAGGGAGUCCAGUGGGCCGACCUGUGAAGUACAGCAUCGUGGGAGAGGGGAAUCUGAUUGGUCCUCAGGUUUACAUCACUGCAAAUGGGGCUGUCUACAUCCUGUUCGGCUUUGGAAAUAUCCAAGCUGUCGCCCUGCGGGACAUUUUUGUUCAGGCCCAAAAUCGAGACAGCUCACCACCUUCUCUGCAGAUAGAAGAGCCAGAGUGGGAGAAGCGAAGAUCCAUCAACCUGUCUGAACUGAUUGACAUUUACAGUGACGGGGUCGAGCAGCUCCAGAUGGUGAAGGCACCGGAUUCGAAUUGCAGCAACCUUCUGAUUACAGCCAGACAGGCCCUUGUCCUGCUGCGGGGGCAGAAUCUCACACCGUUCUGGACAUUGAGACUUCAGGGCCUGCACAGCCAGCCUACUCCUGGGUAUUUCACUGACGAUCAGACAUUAGACUUCCUUCUGCAGAUAGAGGAUGGAAUUGGGAUGAAAAAGAUAAUGGUGGUGGAUGGGCACUCUGGCUCUGUUACUUGGAAUCACAGUGUUCCCUGUCACAUGAAAAAAACACCAACCACCUCAGCAGUUACUUCAGACCAGAAGUCUGUCUUCCUCUUUUGGGCUGAAGGGCUGUCGGCUACAUCUCCCAAUUCUGAUGUCAUCCUAGGAACUGAGCCAUCCAGCCUUCACCACCUUUACCUCCUGCAUCCAGCCUUCCCCUCGAUUCUCCUGGACCUGGCCAAUGCCACGGGCACAGUAACAGCUUCAGAGGUUGGAAUUAACGACCUCUGGAAAGAUGCCUUUUAUGUUACCAGGACAACGGGGCCAAGCUCCAAAGGCCACCCAGCACCCCUGGUGGUCACCAAGCUUAGUCUGCGGUGGGCACUGAUGGAAGGCCAAAUGGUCCAGCUAAAGGAGACCACUCCCAAAAUUGGCCGUGGGGAGCUGCGAAGAUUCCUCUCUAGGAUAAAGUUUAUUGAUUCUCCUUUGCAGAUCUAGUCUGAUGGAAUGACUCUUGAGGUGAAGAAGUGAACGGAAUGGAUACGGUCCCUCUCCUGUGAGUGUCACGUCAGUUCUUCGGCGAGAGGAGGACGUCGCCCGCCUCGUCUCGCACCCCUGGUUGUUGCCGAGCGCUUUGGAAGGCUUGUCGUCCGAGUCCUCUGAUCACCGCACGCACCAUUUGGUUGGGGUAUUUUACCUACUUUUUCAGUCUGUACAUUAACCCCUUCCACUAGGUACUCUGUGGAUAAUUUGGAAAUGUGAAUCUUAUGUUUUAUUUUUUGUAUGUCUAAUUUAUAAACUCUUUCUGGGAAAUUCCAAUGACGCUCUUCACUGAAGCAUUUUGUUUUGCAUUAUGCCAUGUGUGUAUUUUUCAGCGUUGUGAUGAAAUGUUUUCUCGGUAUGGCCUAAGCUCCAGGGACCCAGUUUCUUGUCCUAAACUACAUCUUGUUUGUUUUGUCAUCUUGAGGCUCCCAGAAGGCCUACCUUGAUUUUUAGGGCCACUCAUCAUUUUUCUCUUUACUCUCCCCCCAUUCACCCCUCGCUUGGUCCUCAGCUUCUUUCCAACCUUCGCAGCAGGGGGAGACUGGGAGCGGGAGACAGCGGUAGCCGUCUAAGCAUUUCACCUCUUCCCUGCCUUCUGUGUCCUGCCUCCUCACGCUUCCGUGUCUGUAUGUUUAGUGACACUACAGUGACCAUAUUCCUGUCAGAAGGGGAGCAGUGAGGAGGUCCAUAUGUUACCAUGUGGCUUUGAUUGUUCUGCUGGUCAUGAUCUUUUUGAUUGCAGUCAAUGUGUGUGCUCAGCUUAGAGGAAAACUGAAGUCAGGAACAACGGAGGCAGAUAUUCUUAUCUCUGCUUCAUCUCUUCUCUGCUUUCUUAGCAUCUUCUACUAGGUAUCUUCCUUAUUGCCUCUCUUUUGCUCUUUUAUUCAGGGAUAUUUUUGCUUUGCUUGCAUGAGAGCAAAGCUGUUUUUGGACUUUUGUUCUUGCUCUUGAGUCCAGUAUGUAACCAUUUUGCCCUGCACAUCUCUGUUCUUGUAGAGCCUUUGAAGCACUGUAUUUUGAGAAAAAUUCCUAUGUAAAUACUGUAACUUUUAUAAUUCGUUAAGUUCUUUAGAAUUUUCUCUAGUGAUUCUUGCUUCUUCUCUAUAAAUAUAUAACUUCUAUUAAGUUCUCUCCUAAACUUCUAGGUUAUGUUUAUUUAGCAGAAGAUCCCACGUUAGCUGGAGAAGAACUGCUGUCUUUCUUGAAUAAUGUUGAUAGGUCAUCUCUGAGUACAACUCAGAUUCUCUCUUUACUUGAGCCUGUAUCUAUUUAGCCUGUGUUCCUAAGGAAUUCCAGAAAAUUUAGAGAUUACAGAAAAUUAGGAAUCCUAAAUUCAAGGGAUAUCUCUUAGUUGCUCCUUUGUUAGGCAUCAUGCCAUCGCAGAAGGUUAGUAGUAAAACUCCCCUCAGGUAUGUAGUCUGGCCUGCAGGUUGGCCCUGCCAGGUUUCUGGGCACCCUGCUGCCUUAUGCCUGUGAAAGCAAAUUUGGUUUGAACACUUUGGAAGGCACAUGUAGGGGCAUGUGUAGGUCCACUUAUUGUAAACUUGGAUACAUGGGUAUCCUGU